AAAGCUGGAUGGAGAGCCAUUGAGAUUGCGUCUACUGAUGGCCUAUUGUGGCAAUAGGCAAAUUGCAAUGGGUCCAGGUCCUUGCUGAGGCAGGAGUUCAGUCUGGUCAUGACCAACAUCUCAAAAGCAUUUUAUCACUGACAAUCGCACUGGAGCAUGGUUUUAAGGCACUGACUGAUCGUUCAGUCAUGGCUGAUAAAAGGAAGUUACAAGGAGAAAUUGACCGCUGUCUGAAGAAAGUCAGUGAAGGUGUAGAAACCUUCGAAGACAUCUGGCAAAAGGUUCACAGCGCAGCAAAUGCAAAUCAGAAGGAAAAAUAUGAAGCAGACCUGAAGAAGGAAAUUAAGAAACUACAGAGGUUGCGAGACCAAAUAAAGACAUGGGUGGCCUCCAACGAAAUUAAAGACAAGAGGCAGCUGCAAGACAACAGGAAACUCAUUGAAACGCAAAUGGAAAGGUUCAAGAUAGUGGAGAGAGAAACAAAGACCAAAGCCUAUUCAAAAGAAGGGCUGGGAUCGGCGACAAAGGUGGAUCCUGCACAGAAGGAAAAAGAAGAAAUCUGUCAGUGGUUGACGAAUACGAUAGACUCAUUAAAUAUGCAGGUUGAUCUCUUUGAAAGUGAAAUGGAAACGUUGUCGGCAGUGACGAGGAAAAAGAAGGGCGAGAAAGAGAAACAGGACAGGCUAGAAGAAUUGAAGCAUUACAUCGAGAGGCACAGGUACCAUAUUAAAAUGCUGGAAACCCUCCUACGUAUGUUAGACAACAGCACAAUAGAAGUGGACCAGAUUAAGAAGAUCAAAGAUGACGUUGAAUACUAUGUUGAUUCCUCUCAGGACCCAGACUUUAAAGAAAAUGAGUUUUUAUACGAUGACCUAGACCUUGAGGAUAUAGCACAAACAUCAAUAAUGGCAACAUCACCAGCAAGCAACAGUAAUAGCAAUGUGGAAGAUGAACUUUUUAAUCAGUGUAACAGCACUCCCACCUCUACGACCUCAAGUUCUCCUGUACCUCUCAGCCCAGCCAACCAGUCUGUGGAAAAUCAUGAAGAUGAGCGGAAACGGAGUAGGUCAGACAGCGAAAUGAGCAUGUCCCCUGCAAAGGUUCUUGGCAAGACUCAUCAUGGUAACAAUCUCCCUCCAUCCAUUUCUAUUUCUCAGAGUGCGCAGGGGUCGAACACAAAAACACCGACCCUGCCCUCAAAUGGAUCCAGCAACGGUGGAAGUAAACUGCUACAAACCAGCAAAAGCUACUCUCUGACGCAAGGGACGAACUCAGUUUCUGCCUAUGCAGCUGCUGUGGCAGCAGGAACCACCACAAUCAACACCACCAGCUCAUUCCAGUCAAGACCUGCCAAUGCGGUGCCCAUUCCCACCAGCAAGCAGCAAAAUGGGACUGCAAGUUAUAGUGCUGUUGUUGCUGAGAACAGUGUGGAACAUCAAAAUAGCUACAGUCUUCCCUCUAGUACAAACAGUCAGCCAAGUGGCACAACACCCAUCCAGAAUAAUGUGAAAGAACCAGUCAGCGUAUCUGUAGCCAGUACCACAAGCAUUAUCCCUGUACUUGCAGCCAGUCAAGUCAACACACAAGCCUCCAACUUUUCUGAUCUUAAGCCAACACCAGCCAUGAUGAAUGGGCCUUUGCCGUUUGUCUCCCAGGAACUGAAGCAGGCUCCAGAGGCACUGAGCUCUUUGAAAAGUAUGGCGGAACGAGCAGCUGUGAGUGCAGGAUUGGAAGAGCAAGUCCAGUCUUUGCAUUUGAAUGAGAGGGUUCUCCUCAGCACCCCAUCAUCACAGAACAAUUCGAUGACAUCUAACGUUCCACAAACAACAGAGGUUCAUCUCCAGCCUAUGCUGGGUGUGUGCCCACUCAGCCCAGUACAUCUUUCCAAGGACCAAGAAUAUCAGCUGCACAUGGUGGAAUCAGCGUGGCUACACAUGCCGCACCCGUCAGACUCUGAGAGGAUACGACACUACCUCCCUCGUAAUCCAUGUCCUACACCGCCUUAUCACCAUCAGGUACCCCCUGUCCAUUCGGACACACUGGAAUUCUAUCAACGGUUGUCCACUGAAACACUCUUCUUUAUUUUCUACUACUUAGAGGGGACCAAGUCCCAGUAUUUGGCUGCUAAAGCUUUGAAGAAACAGUCCUGGAGGUUCCACACCAAGUACAUGAUGUGGUUCCAGAGACACGAAGAGCCAAAAACAAUCACAGAUGAAUACGAACAGGGAACAUACAUUUACUUUGACUAUGAGAAAUGGGGCCAGAGAAAGAAGGAAGGCUUCACAUUCGAAUACAGAUACUUGGAGGACAGGGACCUGCAGUAACCAGGAAGUAUACACCCAGUGCCAGGGUGGGGAAGUGCUCCCCACACCACUGACUGAACCUCAGUAAUCCAGAAUCAGGCUUGCAGUCUGAACACAUAACUGUUCUUGGAAGAGAGCUUUGUUUAGAGACCUUGUACAA